UUGUCACUCGAUAUGUUUCGGACUCUUUCGAAAAUGUCUGUGGUCGUUCUAUUUCUUGCUCUCGUGGUAUCAUUAGCUCCUUUUGUCAACUCUGUCACAUGGACAUCUGAAGUGAAGAUCAUUAGUGGGAAACUUCGAGGCUACGUUAGAGUAGUAAACAACACUGGCGGGCUCAAAGUCAGAGGAUACCUUGGAAUACCGUUUGCACAGGCAAAACGAUUUGAGCCCCCAGAGCCUCGAAAAUCAUGGGACGGUGUUAAAGACAUGGUAACAUUGGGAAAAUCUUGCCCUCAAAUGCUAACUCCAUUUGGGGUAUCGAGGGUGGAAGAUUUGAGCGAAAAUUGUUUAAACCUUAAUGUAUAUGUCCCUGACGACACAAGUAGCUCAUCACCUUUGCCCGUCAUGGUGUGGAUCUACGGCGGUGGGUUUAUUGUGGGUUCCAAUCGUAUAUAUGAUGGUACCUACCUCGCAACACUUGGAAAAGUAGUCGUUGUAGUCAUCAACUAUCGCCUGUCGGUUUUCGGGUUUUUAGCCAAUGGUAAAGACGGUGAUAUCAAGGGUAACUAUGGUAUGUUGGAUCAGAUUGAGGCACUGAAAUGGGUCCAGAGAAACAUAGCAGCAUUUAAUGGUGACCCCAAUCAAGUUACCAUAUUUGGUGAGUCUGCUGGGGGUGCCAGUGUAUCUUUGCUGUUGUUAUCAAAGCUUACCAAGGGACUUUUUCACCGUGCUAUUUCACAAUCUGGCGAUGCAGCAGCAUUUUGGGCGACAGGAACUUACGAAAGCCUUAGUAAACCAAUGACGACGUUUGCUAAGCUUGUUGGAUGUCCAGAUACGAGAAAAUUAAAGGAGUGCUUGAAAGGAAAAACCUUCAUGGAAAUCAUAAAUGCUUCUUACACAGGUUUAUUUCCUGGUUUUAUUCCCGUUGUGGAUAACCAUUUCCUUCAAGAUAAACCAAUAGUGCUUUAUAAAAACCAAGACUUUGAGAAACGCAACGUUAUGAUGGGAGUAACAAACGACGAAGGAACCGUCUUUACCAACACCCUUGGGGGUUCUGAAGCUGAUUCCGCCUCCUUCAAUGUAACGAACGGUGUUUCGAGAGAGACAUUCCUMAAAUGGCUUAAAGGAGGAGCAUAUGCUGCAGAAAUGCCAGAUCCAGUCUUGAUAGAUGCCACUAUCCAUCAGUACACUGACUACACCAACAUCUCAAGCCCAAUCACGAAUCGCCGUAUGUUUAUAGAUUUCCAGGGAGACAUAGGAUUUGUGGUGCCUUGCAUUACAAGUGCAAACGCACAUUCCAAGUCGAAGAAAGCAAAGACAUAUUUGUACUCUUUUGAACAACGCAUUGAAMUUUUGUUUGGUUUCAAAGUCCCAUCAUGGGUAAAGGCAAACCACAUUGCAGACGUGCCAUUUGUCUUUGGUUCUCCGUUGUUGAACUCUUCAACGACAACGGAAGCAAAUUUUUCUCGCGAAAUCAUUAAAUAUUGGUCGAACUUCGCAAAAUCAGGAAAUCCAAACGCUCCAAAUAGUGUUGGCSUUACUUGGCCUGAAUACACCGUGGAGCAACAGAAAUACAUAUCACUGAAAYCSAACAUGGCGGUCAACAGUCACCUUCGUGCUGAUUACGUAGGRUAUUGGAAUACSUUCGUUCCCAGUGCCCUACGAGUAGCAGCACCUCAACCUUGUAGCAGAGCUAAAGAUAGAAAAGCUACAGCUGCUGUGAUACUUUUGUUAUCUGUGGUCACUACCUUUUUACUCUGAGGAAUGCCAAAGCCGAUAACCUUCCUGAACAGUACAACUUAUUCUCUUCUCUACUUGACAAGAAAAAAAAAAUGAAAA